CAGCGAGGAUAAAAUGUCAACACUGUUAAUAAGUACUACUAUGUUAGCGAAAUGGCCCUUAACCUAAUUCAAAACUUUGUUUACAACUAUAUUUUUUAAAAUUAUUUUUUUACUGCUAUUGCUAUACUACUAUACUAUAUUCAAGGAUUUUGUAAAAUGGGAUUUCAUUGCUCGUAUGGCAUAUGUAACAGUGACUCAAGAUACAAGGAUCGUCCGCACAUGCAAGGUGUUAAAUUUUAUACAUUUCCUAAGCCUAAAACUCACAAAGAUUUAGAAAAAUGUAAAAGAUGGGUUAACGCCUGUGGGAGAGUAGGUUUUUUUGUCCACAGUCUAUCUAGGCACAUGUAUGUAUGCAGUAAACAUUUUGUUGGUGGAAAAGGUCCCACAGAAAAGUUUCCAGAUCCUAUACCUGCUCAUUUCAGUGAUACACAGGUAGGCAGCUUUAGUUAGACGAGUUUAUUUCAUUUUCUUAAAAUUAACAAUUUGAAAAAUAAAUACUCAUUGUUAAUUUUAUUAGGUAUGAUAGAGACUCAGAGAUUAUUUACUAUUCAGAUUCCAGUGGCAACUGUUUAAACUUCAUAGAUAGUACAGGUAAACUAAACCAUAAUUGGUAAAAUGAAAAUAUGAAGAGUGAAGAGAUAGCACUGUGUUUUUUUACCAUGGCCGCCUUCUUGGUUGCUGCGACCCGUGAACUUUGACGGUUUCAUGGGCUGCGGAAACCAAGAUGGCGGCUGUGGAAAAAUAAAAUAACGCACCUUUGCUAAAAUUAAUAAUUAAGAAUAUAAAAUGAAAAAGAAUUAUGAAAAAAUGUAUCCCUAAACCUAACCACUGAACCUUGAAUCUAAACAUAACCUGACCCUAAACUUAUCCCUAACCUGGGUUUCGACCCUAUUGGAACGAGGGUUUUGACCCUAUCCGAAUUAGGGUUUUUACCCUAUAGAAACUAGGAUUUUGUCCCUAUCAGAACCAGGGUUUUGACUCUCUCACUAACAUGGGUUUUGACUGCUUUUGACCCUGAAAACUAGGAGGAAAAUGAAAAAAACCACACUAAAAUGUCCCAAAAUAAUGAUAAAAUUGAGAAAUAAUGAAAACCAAGCUUACAGUUUCAUGGAAUACACUAUUAUACACUUUAUUUCAGGUUCCACAGAAAAUAAUAUCCACAAGUGAAUAAAACACAGUAAAAAUAUUAUAAUUACCCAACCAAUGAAAUUUUAACAUAAAAUAGUCAACCAAUAAAAAUUGAAUUAAAACGUGCCAUAGUCAUAUAACUGAAAAUGUAACUCUAUUACGGUAACAAAAAAAUAAGGAGAGUGAAUCCAGAACAGCAACUUAGGGGCCGUCCAUAAAGUACAUCACGCUAUUUUUGACCAUUUUAACCUCCCCCCCUGUCACAAACCCCCCCCCAAAAAAAAAGUAUGUCACACUUUCGAACAAAUUUUUAAAAAAUUAACACCUAAUUAAAAUUUAAUCUAAUACUAAAACACAUUUCACUAUUAAACUAUAUUAAAAUAUAAAAUUACCACUUAAAAGAACUAUCACAUUAUUAAAAUGACUUUAAUAGUAGAAUAGUUAAUUAUCAACAAUUGUCAAAGUUAUUCAUUGAAGCAGUAACUCAAUCUAGAUUGAAUUUGAAAACAAAAAUUAGACUAGACAAUUAUAUAAUACACAUCAUUUAUCUGCUGCUUUUUCAUUUACAAUAGGUGAGGUCAAGUUUUAGAUAAUCUGCCGAUUAUGCAAUCUUUUUACACAUGAUUAGAAGUAGAUUAGCGAACCUUGACCUCACCCAGUGAUUAAUUAAUAAAAAGGACAUAAUUAUGCAGCGGACAACAUAGAAAUAAUAAUACUUCCGACGUGACGAAAGCAAGGCUAUACAUAAAACAAGGCUUCACAACAGCAUACUGGCGCUCCUAGCGAGAGGAAUCAUGAACAACACAUUCAGGAGAUACGCAUUUCAUGCUAUUUUGACAUAAAACUAAUUCGAAUAUUUCACAAAAUUUUUGAAAAUUAUUUUUAAAGCUAUUAAAUUCUACUAAAAAAAUAAAAAAUAAAUUAGAAUUGAAAUUUUACAAAAUAAAUGUGUGACGUCACACAUGGCCUGACUCCCCCCUCCCCCUGUCACAAACUGUCACACUUUCUUACACCCCUUCCCCUCCUCUGGAGUGUGACUACUUUAUGGACGGCCCCUUGACAAAACACUCAAAUGAUGUCAGGGUGCUAUCUCUUCACAUUAUCCCCAUAGUUACUAAGUUAGUACGCUAUCCAUGCCCCAUUCAUAUUACACUUUAUAAUUUAUUCAGUAAUAAUGUGAGAAACCUAUGACAUAACACAUAUUGUUUAAUUACUUGAUGUUGUUGUGGAACUGAUAGAUGUAUAUCAAUGCCACUUACAUAAAAUAGAUUGUCUCGAUAAAUUAAUAAAAAAAAUGUCUAGUACCGGUACCUGGAAUUUCUAUGUUUCUACUGCCAAAUAAUAGGAGUUUGCGAAGUUAGCCUUACUGGACACCAAUAGGCCUAACCAAAACUUUAUUAUAUUUUUUAUUUUAAAACUUGAUUAUAAAGUUCAAGUAUAAGGCUACUAUUUUUUACAAAUUGUUACUGCUAUAUUCAUAAACAUAUUUAUACAUCUUGUCCUUGUGAAAUCAUUUAGUAGUUCACUGCACGUACGGCACAUGUAACAGUGACUCUAGAUACAAGGAUCGUCCGCACAUGCAGGGUGUUAAAUUUUAUUCAUUUCCUAAUCCUCAAAAGAUUUAGAUAAAUGUAAAAGAUGGGUUGACACUUGAAGCAGAGUAGGAUUUUUUAUCCACAGUCUAUCUAAACACAUGUUUAUAUGCAGUAAACAUUUUGUUGGUAACUAAGGUCUUACAGAAAAGUUUCCAGAUCCUAUACCUACUAAUUUCACUGAUACACAGGUAGUAUAGCUAGAUUUAUUUCAUUUAAACAUUUUUUUCUCAGAGAUUAUUGUUUAUUAUCUAUAUAUUAUGUAUUAUAUGCCUAUAUAUAUAAAUAUAUAUAUAAUUAGUAAUUUGCUCUACAACUAAGUUAGUAGUCUAUGACUAUGCUACAUGUACUAAUACUAAUACAAAUACAAUUAUAAUGUUUAGCAAAGAAAAAUUAUUAUUCAGGUUAAAUCUAUAAAGGCCCUACAUCUAAAAUGAGGCCUGAAUUAAUUUGACAGUUAAUAAAAUAGAUAAAGUGUAUACUGAUGCAAUUAUCAUACAAAUUAUUAUUUUUAUUCAUUGAUUAAAGUUAAAGCCAUCCAUAAUUCUAUAUUUCUUGUUACAAUUGAUGUAUUUAUUAUUUCAUUUAUGAGGAUUUAAAAGUCCUUUAUUCCUGAUAUGAUAAAAAGGGAAGUGGCAGCCAAAAAGUUAUAGUAGGGCUUGUCACUGUUUUGCUAAGACUUUUAGUGAAGACUGCUUUAUAUUGUGCGUUGUCCCAUUCAAGUUAUAUAGCACCCUUAAAAAUGUGGUGAUUCAGUGUACGGCUUACUGGCUGUGACUAAAAUAAGUUAUUUUAAAUUUAAUAAAUUAAUUUUAAUAAUUUAUAAGUCCCGUUUUUUUAUAUCUGCAGCUGAGAAAAUUUUCUAAACACAGAAAGCAACCCCUGGUGAGACAAACAUUACAACUGCCAGUGGCAACCACAACUCGGUGCUUGGAUGAGAAAAAUUCAUCUGUAAAUACUGACAAUGUCACUACACAGUGCACCUUGGAUAACCGUAAGACAGGUAGGCCUCAUCUCAGAAAAAGUUUUGUGGGUUAAAUGGUUGAAAUUAUUUGUGUAUUUUGCCCGGCAACCUUAUAUUGUAAAGGCACAUUUUACAUGAACACAAAAUAUAAAUUGUUUACCAAAUUGUUCAUCUAAAAUUCAAUAAUUGUGUUUUAGCUUGGUAAAUUCAAUACCAAGGAAAUAGCGGAUUUCAUUUAUUUGUUUUUUUUUACAGUAUCUGCUUAUUCAAUUUAUGGGCCUAGGGCAUUUAUUUAUUAUUCAAAAACUGAUUUUGUUUAGGAUAACUGAACAACAAACAAUCAGGCAAUUACACAUUUUUGCAAACAAAUUGAAGCAUUAAAAAAUUAUCCAUGGUCUAAUAAGGCAAAUCUUAUCAAUAUUAAAUAACCCGUAUGAUAUGACUAUACCCGGUACUAUGAAAAUUCAAGUCCAAGAUAAAUUUAAUAAGGUCAUUUUAAUUAUUUUUAACAAUAUAAAAUUUAAAAAUUUGAUUGUCAAAUGGCCCAAUGGGAAAAAGAUAGAUUUUUAGAAAAUUUACCCUCUGAUUUAAAAUAAUAAAAAGCUUACACUUACUAGAGUCUGUGAAGAGAGAGAGAGAGGCAAUAUGAGUAAACCGUUUCUCAUUCUUCCACAUUCUGUUGUUUAGUUAUUUGCUUUAGGCCAUUGAUAGCUUCAGUUUUGUUUCAAAAAUAAGUUGAAGACAUUGAGAAAGUAUGAAGCAAUUUAUGGGGUUAUUAUUUAUUUGUAUAAUAAGAAGGUAGAAUGAACUUUGAAAAAAUGUCCACAAUGCUUCACAAGCUUAAUAUGGGCUAUUUUAAAACAUUUUCCAAUUCAAAGCAUAAGCAACAAAUAAUGCUAGCAUCCUUUGUAAUCAGACUGCAGCUGUAGUUGUGGACAAUAUUUCAGUCAUAAAUCUGUGUAAAGACAACCGUGUUGUCUUAGCUCUGUUAUGAUGACAUUAAUUUAGUUAUGAAUCUUAUGUACAGAGGAUAGACACUACUGUUAUACUAACUAUAGACCUAACAGAAACUAGCUCUGAAGAGUAGACAGUAUUUUUAAUCAGUGGUCAUAAGAUGUUAGGGAUUACUGGACAGUACUGUUUUUACAGAUUUUGUUGAAGAUACUUAAUUAAUAAGUUAUUUAAAAGUUUACAUUACAAUUUGUGUAAUUACAUUUAAAAAAUUAGGUUAAGACAAAAGAUGUCAGUUUCUUGACAUAUUUACUACUCUGGAGACUGGUGUACAUCAAUAUGAGACAAUUCAGAUAACAUAUUUAGGAGCCAAUAUAUUUUAUUUAGUUAACACAGUUGUGUUACACAAAACAAAUUUAUACAUUUACAAAAUACAAUAAAGGAUUUUAUUUUUUUUACAUUUUUUUUUUAAAAAUUACUGUAAUUUUUUAUUUUUAUUAAUUAUUUUUUUCAAAUACUUUACAAAUUUCAGAAAAAGUGGAAGAUUUCAAAGAGAGUCAUGGCUGUAUUAAAUAUGAAAUAAUGGAAGAUUUAAGCAAUGAACAUAAGGAGAAAGAGAAAAUCUGCAUUUCUAAUAUGGAUGAGGAAUUUGUAAAUGUACACAAAAUUCAAAAUUUCAAGCUAAAAUACCCUCUUGUUAAAAGUGAAAAUGAGGAAGAUUCAUGCUUAGAAGAGGAGAAAAUGUUAACAAAAAAGGAUGAUGACAGUGUAAAAGUACAAAAAAAUGGAGAUUUCAAAGAGGUAUGUCCUCCUGAUACAAACAAUAGUAAUGGUAUUGAUUAUGUCCUAAACAAGGAAAUUUACAAUGGGGACUGCUCUAUUGUCAAAAGGGAAAGAGAGGAGGAUAUAGAUAUGGAGGAGAAUAUCUUACCAACACACCUGCUGGAGGCCCUCACUAAAUCAGUAAAUGGUGAGAAACAGACAAAUUGUGAGAUACAGACAAAUUGUGAGAUACAGCAAAGUGCUGUGAUACAGAAAAAUGUUGUGAUACAGAAAAAUGUGAUGUCUUUGCCCCCAUCAUCCGAAACUGAAGAGAAAAACUUGUCAUGUGACUUUAGUCCUGCAUUUUUCUCUCAUAAAUCAAAGCUCAACAGACAUAACACUGGAGAAACAAUCUACAAAUGUAACAAUAAUCCUGUGGCUUUAGCUCUCAAAUUAUGUCUAGUCAAACGGAUGCAAACUAAGGAAAAACCUUUCAAAAGUGAUGAUUGCCCUUCAGGUUUCUCUCUCAAAACAGAUCUAGUCAGACAUCAGAGACUUCAUACUGGGGAAAAACCCUACACAUGUGACAUUUGUGAUACAGAUUUCUCUCUUAAAUCAAGUCUAAUAAGACACCAAAGAGUACACACUAAAUACAAACCCUACAAAUGUGACAUUUGUCCUGAAGCUUUCUCUUGCAGAUCAAGUAUAGUUGCACACCAACAAGUGCAUACAGGAAUUAAAAAACACAAUUAUUAAUGUGAAAACCUUCUCAUUGAAUUGUAGAUUAAUUAGACACAAUUUGUGUAAAUCAGGGGUCUCAAACUCGCGGCCCGUGGGCCAUUUCCAGCCCGCAAGAUGGUAUUUUGCGGCCCGAUGCAUGCCAAGAAAGUUUAGUGUUAAUUCGGCCACACGUUUUUCUCAUUUCUAUAAUGUGAUCCUCCGCGACAGUUUCACUCAAAUCUCAACUUCUAGUCUAAUUCUGAUUUGUAUUGUGUUUGGAUAGAUUUGGACAUUGAAUAGAAUGGUAAAAACCAUUAAAGAGUCGGACUAAACGUUUUUAUUUUAUUGCAUGUUAUGAGACAAACAUGGCCAAAGUUUUUGAUAAAAGUUAAAAAAGUCAUUAGGUAAUGCACCAACAUAAUUGCAAAAUGUGUAGUGUAAAUCGCAGCAAUCUGACUGAGUAUCAAAGAAUCCCUAUUAAAAUUGCAGGUAGUGUGUAGGAGUGAAGGAAAUUCGAUGCCUGUCAGCUUGGUCACUUUCAAAAGAGCCUUUGCUACCAAAAAAAUCUAAAUUCAAUUUCAUACCAUGCAUCUUCCUUAGCAUAAAUAUUGUCUGCUCCUGCCUACUUUUUGAACACGUUUUAGCAUUUAAAGCCUUCAUGGAGAGGGAUGGGGUGAUAGUUCCUGUAAAAAUUGUGAUCCCAAAUAGCUCAUAGACUUGGCUUUUCUUGUUGACAUUACACAGGAGCUGACUGUACUCAAACAGGAAGUUACAAGACCAGGAGUAGGUUGCCAGUAUUGUCUAUGAUAAUGUCAGGACAUUAUGCACAAAAUUUGUGUUAUGGUACUUAGAGAAACCUCUGCCAUUUCCUAAAAUGCAAAGUACUCAUGGACUGGGGCACACCAAUCAACUUUUUGCUGACCAUUUUUCCUUUAAUGUGGAAGAUUUCCCCC